ACAAAAUGAAAUAGGUUCUGUUUAAAUAUUCUGGACAAAUUUGUACAUGUAAAUGGAUUUGGAACCUUUUUACCUCAAACGUUUAAACAUCUCACCCUCACAUGUAAAUGCUUUGAACAAAUAUGACAUGUCAGUGAUGAUUCAAUGAAUCGAACUUCCUGUCAUGUGAUCCUGAACUACGAAAAAAAAUCUAUUCAAAGUAAAAAGAGAAAUCCCCCUUUGGAGUUUUAGUCUUUCGCAAUGGCUACAGGAAAGGUCCACUCCAUAACACAACAAGGAAGACGAACAGAGAGCACAUGUAGGUGUGGGGUUCCAUCCUUGCACUUUCAUACUUGAGUCAUGUACUUUUCCACUGCACUGAAUCAACAAAACCUUUCAACACCGCAAGUUACAGGUGGGUGUAUACAUGUGUGUUGUACCAGUAGCUAACUUGAACGUCUGCAAAAUGCAGAGCAGAAAACCGUGAACUGCACAUCAAUUUGCAACCUGCAAGUACUAUACACGCACAUGUGCAACCCGCCAACCAAUCUGACUGAUUCAAUUCAACAGCCCACUGCAACAUACUGGUGCGUGUACCGUACUUGUACAUGUGUGUACAUGCAUGUGGUGUUUUUCUCAGAGAAACUGGCCGUGAGGAGUUUGAGCAUUUUAGUCAAGUCCUUUCAAGACCUUCAAUGUUGAGAAGAGAACCGUGCUGAAGAGAGAAAUUAGCGAUACACUGUACUCAACAACAGAUAUGUUGACAAUGUACAUACCUGGUACACUAUGCUGCCCAGUAUGAACAGGUAAAAUACAAAACUUAAAGAGUUUAGCCAAAAACUCUAUGUGCAACACUUUGUAAUGGGGAAACAUGGUCUUCAUCUGCAGUGCAAAAACUGAUCUGUGUAUCUAAUACCUGCUACAUUUGAAUUUAUGAAUGUGCAUUGAGCUUUGUGGAUCUACAUGUAUACUGAUCUUUGAGUCUACACUGAUAAUUGUGGGUCGACCGUGAUCUUUGUGAAUCUACAGAUGGUUAUGAGUCUACACUGAGCUUUGUGAGUCUACACUGAUCUUUGAGUCUAUAACGAUAAAAGUACGCGGUAGUUGUGAGUCUACACUUACAUGUAGCUUUCUGAGUCCACAAGUGAUCUUUGAGUCUACGGUACCGGUACACCGAUAGUUGGGAAACUACACUCGGCUUUAUGAGUCUACGGUACACUGAACUCGUUGAGUCUACACUGACCUCUCUACACUCAACACUGUGACUUAACAAGGCUCCUCUUGGUGUGUGUGCACAUGUCCUGAAUAACAAACACAAAGACUGCAAGCGUACAUGUACAUGCACCUGUCCAGGUCUCAUGCACCUGUCCAGGUCUGUACAUGCACCUGAAAGUGUGAGGCUACAGAGUUUGCAUCUUAAUUUCGAGUUUCAUCAGAUACUGGGCAGGUUGUGAGCAAUGACAGCAACAGGCCCUCCACCAGUGCCGGAUGAGGUUCCCUUAACCCUGGCCGUCAAGAUAGUGUACAGCUCCAUCGCGGCCCUGGGAAUCACAGGCAACAGCCUGGCUAUCUACGUGCUAGCCUCUAUGGUCAUCUCGCGCCGAGGCAACACCAACAUCUUGCUGGUGAACCAGUCCUUGAUUGACCUGGUGACUUCCAUGUUUCUGGUGCUGUGCUAUCUCGUGCCGGGACAGAGACCACCUGCGGCCACACCAUUUUGGCGGGCAUUCGUGUGCUACGUCUGGAAUUCCAAGUACCUGUUCUGGGCAAUGACCGUGACGUCCAUCUUCAACCUGCUGCUGCUGACAUUUGAACGCUACUUUGCCACUCUCCACCCCAUCAGGUAUCACAACAGCCGCUGCCUGGCCUGGCCCAAGUCUCUGUUACUGGCCAUGCUGCCCUGGGUCCUGGGAUACCUGCUGCCCAUUUACAAACUGAUGGGCCAUUACUUAGAUGACCGUGGCCGUUGCCAUUUACGGCACUUCCAGUCCCUGCCUGUUAAGAUCACGUACUCUGUGCUCAUUCUGGUCCUCGAUUACAUCCUACCCCUGACCCUGAUGGUGAUCGCCUACGUCAGGAUCUGCAGGGCACUGUGGGCAACUACUAUAACAGGCAGCCCUCCUACCGAGCAGACGCCCAUCCUACCGAAGGGGGAGUUGCGCAACCACCCAGCCCGCCGGAACGUCAUCAAAACCCUGGUCACCGUCUGCGGGGUCUUUUCUCUGCUGUGGCUGCCCAACCAGUUGGCCUACUUCUACUACAACAUUGAAGACGUCCAUCUGAACGAGGACUUCUUCGCUUUCAGCAUCAGCUUCGCCUUCCUGAACAUGUGCGUCAAUCCCUUCAUUUACACAUUCCAGUACCAUCAGUUCCGGGAGGGGCUAGGGAGAGCUAUACCCUGCCUGGCAAGGUUUAAGAUCCUGAGAAUACCACAGACCAAUACAGUCACUCCUUGAAUGUACAUGUAUUGGU